AUGGCGACCUCCCUGCUGCGGUUAGGGCGAUUGGGUUCCCUCAAGGUAAUAUCAACUUUAAACAUCAUAAACAUGAUUUAUGGUUCGAUGUUUAGAAACACAGCUUUAACAGAAACUGUGUUUUUAAGAUAUUGAACGCGGCAUAACGUUAACGCCAGCUUACACUGUAACAUUCCUGACCGUGAACGCACCACGGAAAAGGACACAGACAGGAGUUUGUUAACCUCACCUGGACCCGACACACCUGAGGGCUUAAAAACAUUAAAUUAUAGCUGUUUUAUCAUUUAUCAAUCAUUAUAUAACAUAAAACCUGCACAACAUGCCGUUAAAACAACGAAAGGACAAAAAUUAAUGUAAAAGAAAAGCGUAAAAUUAGACCAACAACCUGGAUGUGUGAGAAUAAUUUAGAGUUUUAAAUGUGUUUCAUGAAUUAGAGCAAAAUUUAGAGGUUAAAAGGGGUUUUCUGGUAUAAUGUACCACCAGUAAAAUGACAUAAAGUGUAGAAAAUACUUUUUCAAUCCUUCAAACAAAACAUUGUUAUUUACAGUACAGCAUAAGUACAACCAAGAAUACACAAGUGAGUAUAACUGCUGUGUUUGUUGGGUUGUUAAAGUUAAGACUUAAAGGGAUAUUCCAGUGUAAAAUUAAUUUAGGGUCAAACACACUUUAACACUGAGUUAGACACCCCCUCCAGAGAUGAAUAUUACCGACCGCUUGCUUCUCUAGUUAUACCAACUUUAGUAACGACCGCAGAUAGCAAUACAGAGAGCCACACACUCAACCAAAACGCCACUCUAUAGCCACAAAUAAUGCUCAGAACAGCACCUAACUUCAUCAACAGGACAUAUAGGGUCCCAGCCAUAGUACUAGACACCAAACAUCUUUUUAACUUUGACUCAUUUCUUUAGCAAAGAGACUAAACACAACUCACCUACUCUCUUCCAGCAGCCAUUUGUAUUUAGCGAGACCUCAGGCCAGUCCAUUAUGGACUACGGCGGGGUGCCGCAGCUCAAGGAAGAACAUUUUUGUCCUGAUAUUUGAGGGUUUUCUUCUCUUGCAGUGUCUCCAGUUGGAGAGCUGGGGGAUCCUGAGGAGCCGCUCAACUGCACAGCUCUGCACCCAGGCUGAAGAGCCCCCACAACCAGCAGCCAAAACGACAAAAAGCAAGAGUGAGAAACACUUCUGUUUACUCUCUGGAGUUUGAUAUUUAGGGUUUAAAGUUUUAAUGAACAUGACUGUUUUCUAUAAUUAUGUUUACACUUUUUUUGGGUCUAUAUUGUUACACGGUAAAGAUGGUUUAUGAUUUUAAAGUUUAACAUGUUACUCUUUCCUUGCAGAGCAGAAAAUAAACCACAGAUCUAAAAUGUGCUUUUCCUUCCCAUCACCUUUCCAUGUAGAAUAAUUAACUGUUAGAUUGAUGUUGAUUUUUGCUGAUUUCAUUUAAGUGUGAAGAAAAUGUGACAAAACAAAACAGACAAGACCAGAAACGAAGAGCUGCUUUUGGUCAUUACAUCGCUCAGCCCUGUUUGGAUGUUCAUCAGACGAUCACCUAAAAAAAAAGGACCUUCCUUUAGUGAUAAUAAAGACUGUUUAUAUAAGGUUAAAGGUAAUUUGAUUCCUAUUAAAUGUCUGGGUUUUCAUUUGUUGUUGUUAUUUUAAAGUAGUGGUUUAAAACAUAAAUCUUUGGUUGUUUCAGGAAAGCACAGACGGACUUGUGAUAAAUUUCCCUUUUGAAACUCCUGCUUCUUUACUUGGUAAUUUAACUCCUUUUUGUCCCAUUUACCGUCUUCCUCAGCAGCAGAGGCUCCAGAUGAGAGAGCAGCCUUGCUAGCCUACAAGACCGCAGUUGCCUUCCCAGUUAGAAUUUCAGAUCCUGCAGCUUUCUCCACGCAACCAGAACCAGUUUCCAGUCCUGCUGCAGAAACCGUCGUAGCUGCAGCAGCAACAGCGUCUGCGGCAACGGAAACUGCUGCCAGUGAACCACCUGCAGCUGAACCCGCAGCUGCAGCUGAAGCUCCAGCUCCUGAACCAGAUGUGGCCGAGGUUAUAGCUGAUACAACACCACCUGUAGUAGAAACAACACCUCCUGUAGUAGAAACAGCACCACCUGUGGUUGAAGCUGCUGCGCCUGAGGUUGAAGCAGCUCCUCCUGUAGUUGAAACGGCUCCCCCUGUCAUCGACACAGCUCCACCUGUAGUUGAAACUGCAUCACCAGUGGUAGACACGGCUGUGCCUGUAGUUGACACAGCUCCACCUGUGGUAGACACAGCAGCUCCUGUAGUUGAAACGGCUCCACCUAUCGUUGAUGCAGCUCCCACAGCAGCUGAGCCCCUUGUUGAUGCAAGCACUCAAACCCCAGCACCUGAAGACACUCCCACUGCUGUCUCUGCCACUCAGGAUGAAGUCCCGGCCGCUGCAGCCUCUUCUGACCCUGCUGAGGCUGCAGCUGAUGCAUCGUCUUCAUCAUCCAGCGACUCAGAUUCUGACUCAGAUUCUGAUUCAGAUGAUGAGAAGUCAGAAGCAAAGACAGCGCCUGCAGAGGUGUCUGAAUCCCCUGUGAAAGAAGCAGCAGAAGCCCAGGAGGUUGCAGCAGUGACUGAAGAAGCUGAAGUUGUUCUUGCGUCUGUUGCUGAAGCAGUUCAAGAAGCUCCGGCUGCAGCGGCGCCCGCAGAAGUGCAAGUGGAGUUGGUAGACUCUGCUCCUGAGAUCUGCACUGCUGCUGAAGACACACUAGAGGGCACUGUGAGCACCCCAGACGCUACAGCAGAACCAGAGGUAAUAGAUGCCGCUCCUCCUGCUGUUGCAGAAGCUGAAGUUGUAACUCCAGAGGAGGUUACAGCUGAAGUUGCUGCAGAAGCUGCAGCUGAGCCGGUGGAAGCUGUUGUGGCCCCUGUAGAAGCAGCUGAAGAACCUGCCUCUCCUGAAGUCCCUGUAGAAGCUGAAGCCGCCCCUGUUGAAACGACAGCUGAGGCUGCAGCUGAAGUUUCUGCCCCGGUGGAGAGCUCAGAGGAGUUGGUAGAUCCUGCUCCUGUUAUAGCUGAGGCUGCCCCUGCAGAGCUUGUAGAAGCUGCUGAAGCUGCCCCAGUAGAAGCUGUUGCAGAACCUGUAGAAGCAGCCGCUGUAGAAGUUGAUGCUGCACCUGUAGUAGCUGCUGCAGAGCUUGUGGAAGCUGCUGAAGCUGCCCCAGUAGAAGCUGUUGAAGCUGCCCCAGUAGAAGCUGCUGCAGAGCCUUUAGAAAGUGAAGCUGCUCCUGUUGAAGCUGAAGCCGCCCCUGUAGAAGCUGAAGCCGCUCCUGUUGAAGCUGCUGCCGAGGCUGUAGCCGAAGUUUCUGCUCCAGUGGAAAGUGCAGAAGAGCUGGUGGAUCCCGCUCCAGUUGUGGCUGAAGCUGCAGGGGAGGAGCUGCAGGCGGAGGCCCCAGCUGAAGCAACUGAGGGUACACACUACACCACCCAGACCCCCAAAUCUCUCCCUUUCUUUCUCUUAUUUGUGGAUCUUUUAGCCGGCACAGAUGACCAUACUUCUCUCUCUUUCACUCAUCACAGAUUAUACGUAGCGUUAAAGUGUUAACCAGUCACCUAGCUUCUCCCAUUAAACACUUUUUGUUGCUUUCACAUCAUUCUUCUGCUCCAUCACCGUCAUAUCUAACCUCUCAUUGCCUUGACUUUCAGUUGGAGCUGUUGUGCAUGAGGUGGACAUAGUGCAUGAGUAUUUAAACCAUGCUUGAAGGCCUUCUUCUUGGUGCACUGAUUUCCUUUGGGCAUUUUCUGCAUUGGACUUUUCUUGGCUUUGCUUGCAGCCUGUAAACUGAGUAAAAAAAACUUGCAUUUCUUUGAUCCAUUCAAACAUAAACGUUGAUAAUGCUUGUUGAACUCUUUGUCAUUAAUCCUGCUCAUGUGUCUGCCCCAGGAUACUCCCAUUUACCCCGCUUUCAUUUGCCUCCUUGCUGCUUGCAAAACCAUCCUCACUCCCAGAAAUGGUGCCAUAUUUGACGCAUUUUUACUGCGAUCUUUUGCUUGAUUUUGCUCAUUCUCUAUGUUUGAAAUGUCUCUGUUUAUAUGAAGUAAGGUUGACGAGUUUCCAUGUUAAUGUUAAUGUUACAGGUAAUGUUCUUCUUCUCUGUGCCAGGUAAUGUUAUUGGUAACAGUAAUGAUAGAGUGCACAUGGUCAUAAUGUUGUUUCAGCGAAGACACGUCCCCCGACAGCAGCUGGAGGAGCAGAAGUUGGAGUCAGUGGAAGAGUUUCAGGAAGCAGGUUUACACAGUUACACAGAUGUUUGAUUGGCCUGAUAAUAUUUAUGAUUGGCAGCUCCAUUUUUAAAUCCUGGGUCUCAUUUUGACAAAUUUGAGAGUUUAAAUCACUCAAAGGUCACCGUUUUUAACUCUUAAACAUGAAAUCACAGAGUCUGUGUAAAUUAUAGCAGAGCUAGCUCCACCAGCUUCAGUCCUCUUUGCAUAUUAACAUCUACAUGCCUGCGCUGGUUACUUAAUGCUCCAGUUAUCAUGUUUAAGCAGACACUUCACCUCUAUUUUAAAGAUCAAAAUACUGACAAACUCUAGCACCCACCCAGACACUGUGCGUCUUUACAUCCUGGUAGUAAAGGUGCUGUUUGGAGAGGGCGAUGACACUUAGUUUUUAGUCAACAUGUCUCAUAAGAAUAUCCUCUUGUGCUUGACGACAGUAGCUUACUUAUUUGGCUUAUUUUUAACUGAGUAUUUUAAUUCAACCUUGUGAUACUCAGCUCAGUCUAGCUCUUUUAUUUCUAGCCUGCAAAUGAUUGUCUUUCCAGUCCAGCCCUUGAGCUAGCUGAGACUCAGUAUAUAUAUUUCUUUAUAAUUCACGCUAGACAGUAAAAUUACAGUGAUUAUGUUCUCAGUAUUGAUUGAAUAAUUAUUGUUUUGACCAUAAAAGAGCAGCCUCUUAAUCUCAUACUUGUUGUUGCAGACAUUAAAACAGUUUCACCUCUAAGUUCAUCAAACCGUAAAGCCUGUAAUAAAAUGAGCCCAGGUUUAAAAAUGCCAGAAUGACCCUUUAAAGACAGGGUUUCAGCUCAGACAGUCCUCUAUCUGCAGCUCUCUGCUCUUCACUUCUCAGACCAACUGGGUAACUCUGCUUCCUGGAACAACCCCCCUCAAUGUCCCAGUUGUUAUUUUCACCACUUGUUCAUUUCUCUUCCCUUUUUUUAACUCCAUAAAUCUUCUCUUCACGUGAACAAUUUGGGAUAAGCACGGUAUUGAUUAAUGACAUAAUGUGAAGGUGUCUUUUAAUGUGUUUUUCUCUGUGAUUUCUGUCCUGAGUCGUCUUUAACCUUUGCAGCAUGGUAUCAGGUUUCCAGACAGAUAAGAAGAAUUAAGAGAACGAUCAAAAGAAUCAGAGUCCAGUUUCCAGCACACUCAGAUCCUGACUUGUUGCCCCUUUUAAAAACCAUUUCAUGCUGGCCUCAGUUGAUAUUUUCCUGGAGCUGAGCUUGUCCUUACUGUCUUUUAGCAUGUUUACCUCCCCUAACAAACAUGAUCCGUGAGGCUUUUCACACCACCGUGUCUCCACACUCUGUUGGGGGUCACGCGGCCUGCCACCAUAGGAAAUAUCCCGCCGUAAACCACCUUUGUCAGCACGUGUGAAUAUGUAAAUGUGCUGUCCAUUUGAAAAUCUUUCAAAUAUAGAAAAGAGCAGGCUGAAUUAGUGAUCUUGCUUAUCAGAAACCCUGAGCUCUGCAGCUCUUUAUGCAUGAAAACCAGGGUGACACAAACACAAGCCUGAGCCUGUUUUUAUCUCUCUUUUAACGCCUCAAACCCCGUGAAGAUGUGUUUACUCACCUUUUUCUCAGCUUUCUCUAAUGCUCUCUUUUGUUCACCCCCCCUUCCUUCUGCAGAGGCUGCAGCAGCGCCGCCUCCAGAGCCCGAGGAGCCGUUUGACAACAGCACUUACAAAAACUACGAGCACCACGAAUACAACACCUACACAUUCGCAGACCUGGAUGUGGAGAUGGCCAAGUUUCGUCUGCCUCAGCCCUCGGCGGGCAGACAGUAGAGGAAAUCUCUGCAAACCUUAAAAAAGAUGAUGAUGAUGAUGGUGGCGAUAAUGUUUUCCUUCCUCACUGUAUGAUCACCCCCUUUGCUGUCAGAUCUGCAUGAAAUUCUACUGUUAUAUUAUUAAAAUACACUAUUGAGAAAUGGAGUCUGUGUGUGCCUGCUGUGAUCCGCUUUUUCCUUAUAUAAAAGAAAAGCGUAUAAAAGGAUAGGCGAAGAUCAAAAGCUUCUUUUGUGCUGUUUUCUGCCUUAGGGGGUCAUUUGAAUAGAGCUGAGUGUGCAAGUGGUUUAUCUGUUUCUAUUUUAAUGAGUACACUUUUCUCAUCCUCUGCCUGCCUUUUGCUCAUAACCCCCUAAUUAUCUAAGCUACUGUAUGCGCUUUCUUUUAGGGGUAAACAAUCAGCAUCUGUUUUAUGUUUGGGUAUAUGAUCAGGGAAUUACAUAUAAAACAAAGCAUAUGCAGAAGGUCUAGGAUUAGUGAAAUUAGGGACGUGAAUAACGAGCAGAAAAUUCCAGCGGGUUAAAAAAGUCUUUGUUCAUAUUCUGUUUAUACCUCUAAUCUACAGAUAGGCUGUAAAAACACAAGCAGACAUACAGAUUAUACAGAUUACAGUCAGAUGAGUAUUAGUAUUUCAUGCAACACAUACUUUGACAAAUUUUUAUUGUUUUGCCAUUUUACAGUCCAUCUAAAGUCUGAUUUCUGGUAUUAUUAGUGAUUUAUUUCGAGUUAGUUUGUAUUAAUACCACAUUGCUGCUGCUUUGUUGUUAAAUAUUACAUUAAACUGAAUAUUUUCAUACACAAUUAAGUCUAAACAUAUGUGAUUUUUUGUUUCUAUUCUUAACAGAAGCAGAAAAUAACAGCAGUACCUGUAUAAAGUUCUCUUCCUCCCUGUACCACCGCAAAAACCCUUAACACAGUCAGGUUUGUGGUUCCUUUCUGUCUGUUUUCUUCAAUUUGGCUUUCACUCUACUGAGAAGUUUUACCACUUCUUUUCUUCUUCUGCUGCUGCUUUCUUCCUCAUGAACCCCCAGUCUGAAGUUUUGCGCUCUUUUAAAGUGGCCAAGAUGAAAUCAUACAUUUUUAAACGUGCUAAAUGUACUUGUGACACAUUUUUUUGGUGCUUUUGUAUCACUUUUAUUAUUCAGAAUGAUCAGUAAUUAUUAAAGAUGUUGACCAAUCAGACUCAAGGUGAUAAGUAAGUAAGCUGGGAUAAUUUACCAAUGACAGAGUUUCAUAUAAUAAGCUGUUAAAAUGACAGAUGAGCUCGACACCUUCAGGAAUGGACCCUAUAAGAUGAAAUAGAUAGCCUGAUGGAUCUGUGCCCAGUCUGGGAUCCAGGCCUCCUCAGAGCGGACACCAGAGAUUCCUUUCCUGCUCAGAGACUAUUAGAUUUAAACUUGUACCUUGUAUUAUUGGUCCUUUGGUCUGUCAAGGUGUUGUGAAGUGGCUGAUCCAUGUUCUUUAGAAUAGUCUUAUAGGUUGAUAAUUGUAUAUUCCUCGCCUGAUCAUUAUAUACUUAAGGUGGAUUUUUACCAGUGUCACAUUUUCGUUCUCCCAAGAGAAUAGGUAAGUUAAGAAAAGGUAAGAUAGACUUUAUUGAUCCCCCCUACAGACAACAAACAGCAUGGAGACAUCAUUAAAACACAGACUACACAACAAACAAAGUAAAGGCCAAUGAAACAUGAUUUAAAAGUGGUACAAUAAAAGAUAAGGACAUGAUUAAAUACAACAAAAGCCUGAUAAAAAUGAAUAAAUACUAAAAUGAAUACCUCCUCUUGGUUGGACUCAAGCUGGACUCAGUGGAGGAUGUGGUGGAGAGACAUCUACACUAAGGAAGGUGGAGACUAUUCUCAAGAACAUGGAUCACCCACUUCGUAACACCUUAAUGGACCGAAAGGCCAAUGGUGGCGGACAGGAAGAUUCAGAAAAUCUUUUGUACCAACAGCCAUCAGACUUUAUAACUCUUGUGUAAAUAGUAGAUAACUUUUAGAGACAACAGACAACUUAAUUUCCCUUCAGGGGUUCAUAAAGUUAAUCUUAUUCUUAAAUGUGACACUGGUAAAAAUCUACCUUGAGUAUAUAAGUGUUUAGGCAAGGAAUAUAUGAUAAUAAACCUAUUUUUUAAACGAUUUAAUGAGUUUUUAGCUUGAAUCCUGGUUAUUUCAAACCCCAGCAGGGUGCAGAGGGACUCUUCAGACAGCAGGACGUCAUGUCUCCGCCCAUCUGAUAAAUAUUCAUGAGCCGAGCGCCCCUGCGUGCCCUUACGCGAUGACGCAACGCGACAACUGCGGGUCCCGAUUGCUGCAGCCGCUUGUCAGUGUGACGAAGAUUGGCACUCAGGUAAGCUGUCACUCAAAAUCCCUCUUUUUCCGUUCCCUAUCAAUCAAACAAUCUGGGCCGCACGCAAUAAUGCCCCGGGGCGAGGAGCGCGGACCUAGUCAGGGCAGCGGAUGGUGUUUUCGGAGGGGUAGCAGAAGCGCCGGAGCUCCGGGAAGAAUUAAAAAAAAAAUCUGUAUACAGGGGAGGGGGGGUAAAAAAUAUGUCGGCGUUUUGGGGGCAGAGGAGGAUAGAGGAAAAGCAAAGGGCGAGCGCGAGAAACGAGGCCCGACAGUUGUAACGUUAGCGCGGAGGGGAGGGGAAGCAGAGGGCAGCUGUCCCCGCUUGAUUGAUUGACUGAUGUGGGGAGGAUUUGACGAACAAGCCGGGCUAGCCUUGUGUACCACCGAUGUUCUUUUAUAUUUUAACUCUGGAUUUACUUCACUCAGCCCGGAGAAAUGCAUAUUCAUUCAAAUGUUAAUCCAAAAUACGCUAAAGCAGCCGGAGAGUGUUGUUUGGUCGUUCGGCUCGCUGCGUAUCAAUCCGCGGGGUCUUUUUUUAUACCUGGCUAGCUGCGUUAGCUCGUGUUUUUUUGGCACUGAUUCCCCCCCUCCCGUGCUAAAUAUGGCGCUUUGCAUUUUGGCUGCACCGUACCAGCAUGAGAAACACUUUUAAAGUUAGCCACACUGCUAACGUUAGCUGUUAACCCCUCGAAAAACUGGCGAGCUAACGAGAACGUAGCGCGGUUAGGUUGGCGCUAGCUUGAUAUUGUGGGUAAAUAAAGCGGGCUGUGUCUUUGUCUGUAAAUAGCGCUAAUGGUAGCCCAGAAAAAAGGACAUUUAGCUCAUAUUAGCCUUUAGGGUGCUAUAAAGUUAACCCCUGUACCGCCUCUUAACGGCUAAUCUGAGGCUAAAAGCUACAUCCAUCGUGGUGGGUGUGUUAGCAGAUCCAGGGGAACGUUAACAGAAAGCGGCUGAAUUAGACUGGUUUUGUCUGAAAUAAAUGCUUUUUAAUUUAUAAUAUUGUUGGGGAUGAGUAAAUCCCUUCGUGUGUAACCGUAUCCUUUUGAGGCAGCUGAAGUCAGUUUAUUACCCCCCUGAGAAAAUGUGUUGAUAUUUUAUCUGCUUUCUCCUAGUCUGACCUGCUUGUUUUUGUCUCAAACACUUAACCACCACACGGUAAACCAGCAAAUACAGGAAUAAAGCUUGUAAAGAACUGUAUAACAAAGUACACACCACGUUUUUGCGCUUUCUAAUAUAUUUAUUUCAACGUUUAAAUUUCUAGAUAAAUUGAUCUGUAAUGUAUGGACAGGAAAAUUUAACAUCAUUACACAAAGCUUGCAUUUCAUAUCACAGAUUAUUGUCAAAACUCUCAUUAAACAACAUAAUAGCUUACACAUAGGAGUGCCAUAAAUCACAUUUCUAUAUUAUUUUCCUCCAUUAGUAUAAAGAUUUAGUCGUUUAUGAGCAUUAAAAAGGUACAAACAUUACUGAUACUUUCUUAAUGCAGUUUUUAAAAGUAAGGGAAAUGCACAGUACUGAUUUUUUGCUGCAGCUGAAGUCAGUUUAUUUACCCUCUGAGAAAAUAAGUUUAUAUUUUCUCUGCUUUGACCUGUUGUUUUUGUCCCAAACACUUACCCCCACACAGUAAACUAGCAUUAAUGUUUAUAAUCUGAAGAGGACAAAUACAGUAAUAGAAAAAAUACAUGAAAAAGGACACAACACGUUGUUUGCUUUCAUAUAUUUAACAUUUAUUUCAAAGUUUAAAGUCAUAGAUUAAUUCAUCUGUAAUGUAUGGACAGGGACACUAAACAUCAGUACACAAAGUUUGCAUUUCAUAUCACAGUUUAUGUUUUAAAACUCAUAUUAGACAACAAGAAAGCUUGCACAUAAUAGUGAACUUUAUCAUAUUUAUAUUGCUUUCAUCCAUAAGUAUAAAGAUUUAGUCAUUAAAGAGCAUUUAAUUUUUGUUUUUUAAGUGCAUCAAAAAAUGAACAGUUAUCUACUUUAUUAUUUGUGUAUUUUGAAAUAUCAAAACAAAGCAUAUCUCUUAUUUUUACCACAUUUGGUUAAGCCAAUUUCAGCAGAUCCAACACCAGUUCACACAUUGUGAAAGCAAGAUAAAUGCAAUAGUUUAGUACUGAAAUUAGUUACAGACCUGGAGGAUAAAUAUCAUAGGGUGCAUAAAAGCUCAAAUAUCUCACUAAUAUUGUCUAUUGUUCUUAAUUUCACACAAAUCCUGUGUUUGUAACAUUAUCAAUUUUUGAUCAAUCUUUAUGUAUAUAGCCCAAAUACACAACAAAACAAGCUGGUCUAGACUAUACUCAUCAAUGGGACAAGUUUAAGUCCUAUCAAUUAAGAUCAGUCCCACUCUGAUUAUAUCCUAAUCCACCAUGAGUGAAACACUUUGCAAGAGUUUAGUCAUUACUUAGUUAUCACUGUGUCUCUUUACAGCUGAUUAAAGUUUUAUUAUUCACCUUGUGUAAAAGUACGGCCCACAGUAUAGCACCCAGUUCUCCAUCUAACAAGUAAAACAUAUGCAGAGUGAGUAAAUUAUAAUUCCAUGCAUUAAGAUAUUCCCUAACUCACUGCAUUAAAUUAAGGUUUUUGUGACGUGUUCAUUGCACAUGCUUUUAUUGCAGCAUCAGUGAAUUUGCACUUUAUUAUGCAGUUAUUCCACAAAGCUUUGGGUUAACACUGUUGCACAUUUAAAGUGCAAAAAAUUCUGAUGUCUUAUGUUUUCUGUCAGUUAAGGUUUAACUUUAAGUUGUUGUUUUAAAACGCUAACAGGGAUUUCUCUCAGUGCUUAUUAGAGUGGAUUUUUUAUAGCCAUUUUUAAUGCCUGUAACCGCUGUGAGGGGGUGGCUUAAUGAGUUGAACUUUUUAGUAUUCAAAUAUUCUCAGUAAGUGUUUAAAGAAAGCAUGAUACACAUAUAUAUAUUUUGUUAAUUGGUACAGGACCUCUUUGUUCACAGGGAGCGUCUAAAUCGACACAAGCUGAAGCUCCUCUCAGGGAUUUGAUCAAAUAAAGCUAAAAUAGAGCGUUAACACAUUUCCUAGAUGUCUGCCUUUGUGGUCGGAGUGUAAAUCACACCGGAGGAGUUCACAAAGCUGCUGAUAACGUUUCAUCCUGACACCAUGCGGUUACAUUAUUAAAAGCUUCUGUGCGUAGUGCACCGCCGGCAUCUCUUCCAGGUAGUCUAACUGUAACUGUGUGUAUCGUGCAGGUUGGCCACCUGUCCCUCCCACUCUCUAUAAUGCCCCAGUGUUUGCAGCAUCUGCAGUGAACGUGAUGGCAGCCCAAUCGGUUUCCAUAGACAAGUACCCAAAGGGAGAGCAGCAGGUGGGUGAGAGGGACCUCCAGGCCCACACACUGCACUGCACAACAACAGCAAGAGAAAAAAAAGGAACAGUGUCGGUAACAACAGCAUCCAAAUGUUUCAGGCCACCACUUCCAAGUAUUUUGCAUCCAGUUAUUUUUAGUGGUGUGAGUCUGCCUGCACGGCCAAACAAAGGGAAACACUUUCUGUAUGUAAGACUAGAACACGGCAUUACAUCAGCUCGAGUAAUCUGUUGGCAGCGGGUUUGUCUGUCUGAGGCAGAGCACCACAAAUAAAUCACUGUAUGGGAGACACUGAUGCAGUACGAAGCCUUCUUUCUGUCUGUGCGCUUAUGUAAAUUGCUUACCAAACAUCUUUAUUCGAGUGCCAACUUUGAGGGUGUCGAGAGCAGGAAUGGAUCUAUGACUAAUGAGAAAUGUUCUCCCCCAAGCAACGAUUAUUUUUAGCUUGUUUGCGCUCAAUCUAAGUCAUUGUUGGGCUCGGUCACAUGGUCGGGGAUGGGGAUUUAUGCUCGGCAUCGCUGGUCGGCAGACACGGUGUGAAAAAAUGUGUGAAAGGGAAAAGAGGAGAAACUUGGCUCUCGAUCAAUGAAUGGGAUGUCUCUCUGUCUGCACCAGUGUUUGAUGUUCCCCUUUAUUUGCAUCAGGUCACAGGUGCGUCUCAUCAUGUGCAAAUUGUAAAUGUAACAGCAGAGGGGUGAUGUUUAAGUUUGCAUUGUGGCCGUAACAAGACACCGUCUGGAUUCAGUGGAGCAUUAGUGUGCAAAUGAAGUGAUGUCUGGAGACUAGAGGGGGCAGAAGAAGGCAGACAUUCAUACUCUGUAAAGUUUACACAUUGUCUAAACAACUUUGACAGAUACAGAUCUUUACUGACACUCAUGUAAGAGAUACGUUGAUGAAGUUCUUAGUUGGAGUUGACAGAGUUGACAAAGACAGAUCUCAGACUUUCGUUAGUCGGAUGAUAGACAAGUGUAAACAUGACUGUUUGAUUAAUCUGUCUGUAAAAUGUGAACUUUGAGAGUGCGCUCUUGACUCAUCCUGACACUGGCGAGUGUUACAGCGAGGUUCUGUUAAGCUUUUCCCUCCAGCUACUCUCGAUCUUCACAUGAUGUCUUUGCAUCUCUCCCUCUCUGCCUUCCUCUCUCUGCCCUAAUUCUGUUUAUCUCUUUGUCUGGCUUCACUUUUCUGACUUUAUUUUGUCUUUUUCUCUGCAGAUGCAAGUCGUGAAAAUCGACAGCGAUACGGAGCAGAAGUUCAUUGAGGGGACGUUGGCAGAGGCGCCCAGUCCGGCACCCACAGAGCCGCAGACACCCAUGGAUGCAGACAAAGCCUCCAUAUAUCGGUAGAGCAAAAACUGAAAGAGAAGCAGAGUAACACCCGUCUGUUUUCUCCUCUCUCUCACUUUCUCACAAGGACAAAAUCCAGUCCAUCAUUUCACUUCUGUUCUGGUUCAGAUUUGCUGUUUUUGUUGGUUCAUGUUGCACACUUUAAGGUCCAAGAAAAGCCCAGAAGACCGGGGCCACAUGAGCCUCCCUCCUCAUUUUAAUGCAAGCAGCAGGAGCAGGCCUCCUACGUGUUAUUUUACUAAUAGAUUUACCGUAACCAACGAUUCUUUCUUAUAAAGAUAAAACUUUGAUCGAGUUAAAAAUCUAUUUUUAUCCUUAUUGUGGCCCAAACACUCUGUCAUACACACCAGAUAUAAACUUAAAGUAUUAAAGAAAGCAUUUGACCUUUAGUUUUGUUUUGAAUCUCUUAACAGGCGGAGGAUUUAACACCUUUUGUUUUUCUUCUCCUACCUUAUAAAAUGUAUAAUAUUAUAGCUUUUAUUUAUGUUAUGUUUUAUAAAGUAUAAUAUCUUUUGUUUUUAUUUGUGUCGGCGCAUCUUUCGCAGACAUCCCCUGUUCCCUCUGUUGGCUCUGCUGUUUGAAAAGUGCGAACAGUCCACGCUGAGCUCAGAAUGCAUCACCUCGGCCAGCUUCGACGUCGACAUCGAGAACUUUGUCCGCUGUCAGGAAAAAGAGGGAAAACCUUUCUUCAGCGAGGACCCUGAACUCGACAACCUGGUGAGAAAACUCUCGCGGGGCGUAAAUCCGAGAUCUUUGGCGGUUUGGAGAUGUGUGGGAUUAGAUUUGAGGAGUACGGAAGAAGUUUUGUGUUUCCAGACUUUGACCUUAUUGUUUGAAUGAAGGUUACGUACACUCUCUGUUCAUGAUUCACUUUUUAGAGCUGAUAAAAACUGAGAAAAAGUUUCAGCUUUGAAGUGUUUGACAAAACUAAAACAGGCACAUGAGGUAUUUCACAAGAAAAAUGUAGAAAGCUUCGCUCAUACGCUGACAUUUAACCUCUGCAGCAAGGUGAGAAACAGUCCUCUGCUGCUGGCUCAUGACCUUUUAAUUAAAGCUCAAUCCCAUCUCUGGAAAACUGCGGGACACAAUCACAAUUUCCCCGACUGUUAAAGGGAGCGAGUGUCUCCCAGCCAGCGAAGAGCAACUGUUAGUUUCUGUGUGCUCUUUGGUAAAGACUGCACUCCUGAUGGUCCGAUCCAGGAGUGAUAAAUGAAGAGGUUUUUAAAGGAGCUAAAAUAGUCCUGCACCUUUCUCAUAUAAGUGAUCUUUUCGAUCUCUGUCAGAUGGUCAAAGCCAUCCAGGUUCUGCGGAUCCACCUGCUGGAGCUGGAGAAGGUGAGCGACCUGUGUAAGGACUUCUGCAGCCGCUACAUCGCCUGCCUCAAGACCAAGAUGAACAGUGAGACUCUGCUGAGUGGAGAGCCUGGGAGUCCGUACUCCCCCGUCCAAGGCCAGGCCCCCAGUUUUUCCCCCACCAAGACUCAGGUAUAUGUCCCCAUCAGCACCGUCAGAUUUAGUCUCUGCUAACCUGAGCUGUACUCUAGUCCUGAUCUCCUCCUGCUCUAAUCUGCAGACCCCCAGCUCCAUCUCGGGGACCAUCAGCCCCCAGGGCCAGAUUGUGGUCCCAGCGUCGGCUCUGCAGCAAGGGAAUGUUACCGUGACAGCUGUUAACCCCACCCAGGUGGUUGCAGGUAUGUCUCCAUGGCAUACGACUCCUCCGUCAGGUACUGAACUGUUGUGACUGCAGCUCACAUGCUGUCAUAGAGCAGUGGGACGCACAUUUGAGCUUCCUCUGCAGACCGCUCUCAGCUGAAUGUACUGUGCUGAACUUGUGUGUGUGUGUGUCUGUUUGUGUGUGUGUAUAUCUGUGUUACAUCCAGGAGGCACGGUUGUACCAGCCUGUUACAGUCGUCACUCCGCAGGGACAGGUGGUGACACAGGCGCUCUCCCCGGGGACAAUACGUGUCCAAAACAAUCAGGUAGAUCAGUGAGACUGCGCAUUUGACAACGUGUGAUUAAAUUUAGGGCGUCUUUUCUUUAUUAUUUUUUUAAAGCAAGAUUAGAAAUUAAUGUGAAAGAUGUCGAAUUAACUUUCCUGUCUAUUUCACCUGAGUGUCGAUAAAAGAACUUUGAUGAGUUCUCUUUAUCGAGACUUAAGAGCUCUUAGAUUUGGACACAUACUUACAACUUUUACCCUUAAAGUUUUCUGUCAGGACAACUCUGAAGGAAAAGCUCUUUUAAAAACAUAAAGAAAAGAAAAUUAACCUCCUCUUUUCCCCCCUUAGCUCCAGCUGCAGUUCCACCAGGAUCUGAACCUCUUCAAUCACGACGACAACUCAUCCAAGAACAAACGCGGAGUCCUACCCAAACAAGCCACCAACGUCAUGCGCUCGUGGCUCUUCCAGCACAUCGGGGUGAGACUGAGCGCAUCAAAUGUUUGUCGUCCAUCUGACUGAUACCUCUGUCCUCCAAAUAAACUAACACAAUCAUUCAUAUCUGGUUCUUUAUCGCAGCAUCCGUAUCCUACAGAGGACGAGAAGAAACAGAUCGCCACUCAGACAAAUCUGACUCUUCUGCAGGUCAACAACUGGUGAGUUUGAGCUUCGUCUUCUAGUGCUUCUACCUGCUUUAAUGCAGCAUUGUCCUCCCUGACUUUAACUCUUUAUCAACAGAAAGGACAAAUAACAGAACGAGAUUAUUUUCCAAAAGUCUGAAGCUCCCGAAUGAUUUCACUGAAGAGAAUAAACUUGAUUUUUAUCUCCAGGUUUAUAAACGCACGGAGGCGGAUCCUGCAGCCCAUGUUGGACGCCAGCUCGUCUGAGACGCCAAAAGCCAAGAAGAAGACGCCUCAGAACCGACCUCUGCAGCGCUUUUGGCCCGACUCCAUCGCUGGAGGGGGCACUCACCAGCAGGUUACCAUGCCCGAUGGUACGCCGCCGUUUUUAUACAUACAGUUAAAAAAGACAAACAUGAAAGUGAUGUAAACUUCAUAGCGUGAUACAAUCCUUCUCUCAGGUACAAUGGUGACGAUGAACGUGGAGGGUCUGCAGAGCCUGACAUCAGACGGUGCCACGCUGGCGGUGCAGCAGGUGAUGCUGGGGGGUCACAGCGAGGAUGAGUCAGGAGACAGCGUAGACGAGGACGAUGACGCGGACAUGGCUGGGCUGGGCCUGGACAACAGCGACUCAUUGCAGUAG